AUGAACGAGCAAGAAGAAGACCUUGAACUUACUCCUAUUGACCCCGAAAUUGAACGCACUUUCAGACAAAGGAGGAAGGAACAAAAGGCUAAAAAACGCUGCAAUAUGGCCGAUGGGUUUGAAAUUGGGGGUGCUCAUAAUGAAGCCAAUCCUAUUGCUUUGGCCGACGAUAGAACCCGAGCAAUAAGAGAGUAUGCAGCCCCUAUGUUCAAUGAGUUAAAUCCGGGUAUUGUGAGACCCGAAAUCCAAGCACCUCACUUUGAGCUCAAGCCCGUCAUGUUUCAAAUGCUCCAAACAGUUGGUCAAUUUGGUGGGUCGCCAACGGAAGAUCCUCACCUCCAUAUUCGCUCAUUUUUGGAAGUGAGUGACUCUUUCAAGCUACAAGGAGUAAGUGAAGAGGCUUUAAGAUUGAAGUUGUUCCCAUUUUCCUUGAGGGAUCGGGCUAGAGCAUGGCUUAACACUCUUCCUCCCGAUUCGGUGACUAAUUGGAAUGACUUGGCUGAAAAAUUCUUGAGAAAAUACUUUCCUCCAACAAGAAAUGCAAAGUUUCGAAGCGAGAUCAUGUCCUUUCAACAAUCAGAAGAUGAGACUACUAGUGAUGCAUGGGAAAGAUUCAAGGAGUUGUUAAGGAAGUGCCCCCACCAUGGUAUUCCUCAUUGUAUCCAACUUGAGACAUUUUACAAUGGUCUCAAUGCGGCAUCUAGGAUGGUGUUGGAUGCUUCCGCUAAUGGAGCCAUUCUUUCCAAGUCUUACAAUGAAGCUUUUGAGAUUUUGGAAAGGAUAGCUAGCAACAACUAUCAAUGGUCAACUAAUAGAGCUCAUACAAGUCGAAAAGUAGCGGGUGUUCUUGAAGUAGAUGCUUUGACCGCUCUAACCGCUCAAAUGGCCUCAAUGACCAACAUUUUGAAGAAUAUGAAUAUGGGAGGCAGUGUACAACCAGCCGCUGCCAUUCAAAGGGCAAAAAAUUCUUGUGUGUAUUGUGGUGAUGGGCAUACUUUUGAAAAUUGUCCCUCAAAUCUAGCUUCAGUCUGCUAUGUGGGUAAUCAAAACUUCAACCGCAACAACAAUCCAUACUCAAACUCCUACAAUCCGGCAUGGAAGCAUCAUCCAAACUUUUCAUGGGGAGGUCAAGGAAAGCAAUCAUUCCCACCGGGUUUUUCUCAACAACCAAGACCUCAACAAACUCACCAACCUCAAGGCUCUCAAACUAGUUCUUUGGAGAGCUUAAUGAGAGAUUAUAUGGCCAAGAAUGACACUGUAAUUCAAAGCCAGGCAGCAUCUCUUCGGAAUCUUGAAGUUCAAUUGGGGCAAUUGGCCAAUGAUUUGAAGAAUAGACCACAAGGCACUUUGCCUAGUGACACCGAAAACCCAAGAAGAGAUGGAAAAGAACAUUGCAAAGCGGUAACCUUGAGAAGUGGAAAAAUAAUUGAGUCAAAUGUGGCUGCAACACGCAGUAAAGAGCCCUCUUCAAUCCAAAAAGAGGGGGAAAUGAAGAAAAAACCAGCAACUUCAGCUGUUGAAAUUCCCCCAGUAGUUACAGCAUCCAGUCAGCAUUCUGCUGCAGAAAAGUCUUUGCAAAAGCCACCGCCACCAUUUCCUCAACGGUUCAAGAAGCAACAAGACGAUGGUCAAUUCCAGAGAUUCCUUGAUGUUCUAAAGCAGCUCCACAUCAAUAUACCAUUAGUGGAAGCUUUGGAGCAAAUGCCAACCUAUGUGAAGUUUUUGAAGGAUAAGGAUUGGGGAGUUUGA